AUGCCCUAUCGCGUUGAAAUUGCCAGUACUGGCAGAGCUGGCUGUAAAGGCGGCGUUUGCGCAAAAGCCGGCGACAAGAUCCUCAAAGGUGAGCUGAGGCUCGGAACUUGGCUCGAGGCUGGUCCCUUCAAAAGCUAUCAGUAUAGACACUGGGGAUGUGUUACUCCGACCAUCAUUGCCAAUGUUUGGAAAGAUAUCAGUGAGGACAUCACUAGCCUUGAUGGCUAUGAAGAAUUGCCUGAAUCAGACCAGCAGUUAGUAUUAAAAAGUCUUCAAGAUGGACACGUCCCUAAUGACAUCUGGAAAGGAGACAAAGAAAUGAAUGUCCCAGGUGCCCGUGGAAUGACCAAACGUGCUAGUAAGAAGAAGGCUGUAAAAAGCGAAGAUGAGGAAGAAGCCGAAGAAGAAAAAGAGACCCCAAAGAAAAGGUCUGCUGCCAAGAAGGAGAAGGCCCCUGUCAAGGAGAAGAAAGCUACCGCUCAAAAGAAGCGGAAAGCUGCAGAUGUUGACGAGGAUGAAGACAAAGAAGAAGAGCAGCCAGAGGAGCAAGAACCAGAAGAAGAGAAACAAGAUAUUGCCCCAGCUCCAAAGAAACGAGGAAGGAAGGCCGCAGUCGUGGCCGAACCCGAAGAGCCAGAACCUGCCGUUGAAAUAGUCAACAAGAGGGGCAAGAAACCCGCCUCAAACAAGAAGGUCUCGGAAAGGGAAACCAAAGAGUCCGGAAACAAGAAGGUAACCGCCCGUAAGCGCAAAUCUAGCGACGAGGAAGAAGAGGAGGAGGAGGAGGCAACCGAAGAAGCAGCCCCAGCAGCCCCAGUUGUCCAACCGAAGAAAGGGCGUGCAGCUAAGAAAGCCAAGGUCUCUGAAGAUCAUCAAACUGCUGCCGAAGCACCCGUCUCUCCCACGGCUGAUGAUACGCUAGCAGAAAUAGCGAUUGGCAAGCCAACCGGCCGAGGAUCUAGGAGAUCAAAGAAAAGCGAUCAGCCUUCAGAGGAAACCGCCAUAACUAAAGCCCUGGCCGAAGAGCCCGCCGCCGAAACCGCCCCAAAAAAGAGAGGCGGAAGGGUCCCGAAGGCGAAAGAGGCCAAAGCUGAGGAGGCUCCUACUAAGCGAGGCCGUUCUGCAUCUAAGCAGAACGAGCCCGAGGAAGUUCCAGAAGAGGCUCCGGAGGAGUCACCAAAGAAGAGGGGCCGUAUCACUAAGGCCACCAUCUCAGGUAAAGACAGUGCUGGUGAGAAAGAAACACCAGCUCUUAAGACUAGAGCUGGUCGCGGGCGCCCAAAGAGAAAUUAA